AUUUCAGACGCAUCCUCGAAUAUUUGAACCCUUUUCUAAUUGCCAUUUUCUAUCAAUAGAGCCAAAAGUUUCUACGCAAAUCUUUCUCCAAUCGUUGCUCUGUUCUUCACGCAAUUUAUUCACUACUUCCUCUAAUAUUUCAAUUCUCACCUCUGUACGAAUAUUUGCUCAAAAAUUUCUCAUCUUUGAGAGGAAUCUCUCUCUCCAAAGCAGUUUUCCUAAUUUUUUCAUCAUAUUUAUAUCAGUUCACGCCACGAUAUCCUCCUUUUUAGAGGAAAAGGGACCAGUUUUUUAGUACCCUGUGUCCUCAGCCUCCCCUGUUUCUUUUUCCUUAAAAUUCCAAAAAAUUACGACAAAAUGGCCAGAAUACAAGAAAAUAUCAUGCCUUCCGUUUUUGACAACAGUGUCGACCUUCAAUCUUCACUAUCAAACCUCAUAUUAGCAGGAGGCACAAAUACCUUGGAUUCAAUCUUUUCUCAUUGCCAACGCUCAACCCCCAUGACCAACCAUGUUUUUGAGCCAUUAGGUUCUUCAGUAUAUCUCCGCCAAAGAGAUUUACUCCUAAAGUUCUACGACGAAAACAGAGCAAACCCUUCAAUUUCGCAAAGUUCUCUAACCAACCCAUUUCCAAACUAUGUGUACACACCUAGCUUUGUCAUUCCAUGCAAGAAAAAACUAUACAGAGGAGUUAGACAGAGGCAUUGGGGAAAAUGGGUGGCUGAAAUAAGACUUCCUCAGAACAGAUUAAGAGUGUGGUUGGGAACUUAUGAUACAGCUGAGGCUGCAGCCUAUGCUUAUGAUAGAGCAGCCUAUAAGCUUCGGGGUAAAUAUGCACGCUUGAAUUUUCCGAAUCUUCAAGAUGCAAGCAAGUUAGGAUUUGGAGAUACUGCAACAUUGACUGCUUUGAAGAGUGCUGUGGAUGCCAAGAUUCAAGCUAUUUACCAAAAGGUCAAAAGAGAGAGAUCUAACAAGAAUGGUAAGAAACGUGGGAGUUCGGUUGGGGAAUGUAAUGGACUUGAUGAUAAAGAGUGUGGCAAAGUUGUGCAGGUCGAUGCAUCUCCGUCGUCCUCAUUGUUGUCAUCAUCAGCAAUUGGUAAUGGUAGUUGGAGAAAUGAAAUGGUUUCACCAACCAAUUCAGAUGACGGGCUCUGGAAGGGCGAGAAUUCACCAUGCUCCUUCUCCAGCGAGUUUAGGGUGGUGCCAGAGGAAUCAGACUUGGAAGGAUGCUCACUGGCACACAUGCCUUCCUUUGAUCCUGAGUUGAUAUGGGAUGUUAUUGCUAACUAGAAGAUCAUUUUUUUCCUUUUUUCCCAAGCUAAUUAGAAGGUCUUGGAAUUACAUCAUGUUAAGUAGUAGUUAAAGUAAAUUGUAGUUUGGAUGUUGAGCUAUUUAAGUAUUCUCAUUCCUGUUUCAUGUGACCAGUUUUAGAUUCAGAGUUUUGUGUAGUAUGAGUAGGCUUGAUUUUAGGUUGUUUCUUUUUCUCCUUUUUUUGUUGGGAGGCAGUAAGAAUGUUCUUGUGGUUGGUUGUGUUCUUCACAGAUGAUUACUAUAUGAAAUAUGUGUGGGGGUAACUGAGUUUUUAAUGAAAUUAUAUGUAUCAAUGUCACUGUUAUUAUGAAGAAUAAGAUUCAUG